UCGUUGGUCUGACGUCAAUUUAUGUUAACUCGUAUUGUAUGUAUACCCAACUGAAAGGGCCGCGAGACAAGCGUUUGGGCAGCUCCCUGUUUAUGAAAGAAAAUUCUAAAAUGAGGCUUAAACCAAACAGGGAUGUUGUUUUACUUUUCUGUCUUGGCUUUCUUUGUUUCAGCCAAAUAUGCUGUGUAAGCCUCGAAAUCAUGCGAAGACAAGAGAGACACCGAGAGGGAAAAAAACGAUGAUGUUCGAGUGGGUACCAUUAUGUUCGGCAGAGAUAUUCCUGAUUUUGGCCCAGUGAAAAAUGAGGAUGGCUUUAACAUUCAAGCCGACGCUGCUGGGCUGGUUGGAGGACAAGGUGUCAUUAAUGACUCCAGUUCUUCUAAGGCAGCCUGGGCUAGUAUGCGACCAAUUGUGUUAUGUACUGAGGACCUCAUGAAGUUCUCGGCACAAGGCCCAGGAUCCUCUUCACUUCAGCUAGACAGAGCAGGAGGAACACCGCUUAAGCUAAACCAGCUGCCGCAGGACUGUGGCUACUCUGUGUACAGGAAUGUACUGGGCCUUGUGUUUCUCAUCCCCUAUGAUGGUUGUGAUGUUAUAAAUCAGGGUGGCAACCAUUUGCUCCAGAUGUUAUGGCAAGGCAAUCCAGUCACCCUUUCUUGCCCUAUGUCAACCCAAGCCUCUCAAUCUCCUAUGGAUCCACCACUAAUCCAUCCACCCGCUCCCACUACUGAAGCUCCAACUACUACAGAAGCAACUUCAUCCACUGCCUCUAAGCUUCCCCCACAAGAUCAGCAGCAGCAGCAGCAGCAACAGUUGAUGCAGCAGCAGCAGCAACAGUUGAUGCAGCAGCAGCAGCAGCAGCAACAACAGUUGAUGCAACAGCAACAGUUGAAGAAGCAGCAGCCCAAACUACUGCAGCUCCAACUACUACAGAAGCAACUUCAUCCACUACAGAAGCAACUUCAUCCACUACAGAAGCAACUUUAUCCACUACAGAAGCAACUUUAUCCACUACAGAAGCAACUUUAUCCACUACAGAAGCAACUUCAUCCACUACAGAAGCAACUUUAUCCACUACAGAAGCAACCACAAGAGCAGCAACAGCAGCAGUUGAUGCAGCAGCAGCAGCAGCAGCAGCAGCAGCAACAGCAACAGUUGAUGCAGCAGCAACAGCAGCAAGAAUUGAUGGACUAUUACUUCAUGCUCCCCCUCAAACUACUGAAGCUCCAACUACUACAGACGCAACUUCAUCCACUACAGACGCAACUUCAUCCACUACAGAAGCAACUUCAUCCACUGCCUCUAAGCCCCCCACAAGAGCAGCAGCAGCAGUUGAUGCAGCAGCAGCAGCAGCAGCAGUUGAUGCAGCAGCAGCAGUUGAUGCAGCAGCAACAGUUGAUGCAGCAGCAACAGUUGAAGCAGCAGCAACAGUUGAAGCAGCAGCAGCAGCAGCAGCAGCAGCAGCAAGAAUUGAUGCACUCUUACUUCAUGUACCCAGGAUACAGAAACCCUUUCAUGCCAGUAAAGGCUCCCCCUCAAACUACUGCAGCUCCCACUACUGAAGCUCCAACUACGACAGAAGCAACUUCAUCCACUGCCUCUAAGCUUCCCCCACAAGAGCAGCAGCAGCAGCAGCAACAGCAGCAGUUGAUGCAGCAGCAGCAGCAGCAGCAGCAGCAGCAGUUGAUGCAGCAGCAACAGUUGAAGCAGCAGCAGCAGCAAGAAUUGAUGCACUCUUACUUCAUGCUCCCUACCAAACUACUGCAGCUCCAACUACUACAGAAGCAACGUCAUCCACUACAGAAGCAACGUCAUCCACUACAGAAGCAACGUCAUCCACUACAGAAGCAACGUCAUCCACUACAGAAGCAACUUCAUCCACUGCAGAAGCAACUUCAUCCACUGCAGAAGCAACUUCAUCCACUGCAGAAGCAACUUCAUCCACUGCAGAAGCAACUUCAUCCACUGCAGAAGCAACUUCAUCCACUGCAGAAGCAACUUCAUCCACUGCAGAAGCAACUUCAUCCACUGCCUCUAAGCCCCCCACAAGAUCAGCAGCAGCAACAGUUGAUGCAGCAGCAGCAGCAACAGUUGAUGCAACAGUUGAAGCAGCAGCAGCAGCAGCAGCAAGAAUUGAUGGACUAUUACUUCAUGUACCCAGGAUACAGAAACCCUUUCAUGCCACUUCCCCCACAAGAGCAGCAGCAGCAGCAGCAACAGCAGCAGUUGAUGCAGCAGCAGCAGCAGCAGCAGCAGCAGCAGCAGCAGCAGCAGUUGAUGCAGCAGCAACAGUUGAAGCAGCAGCAGCAAGAAUUGAUGCACUCUUACUUCAUGUACCCAGGAUACAGAAACCCUUUCAUGCCAGUGAAGGCUCCCUACCAAACUACUGCAGCUCCAACUACUACAGAAGCAACUUCAUCCACUACAGAAGCAACUUCAUCCACUGCCUCUAAGCUUCCCCCACAAGAUCAGCAGCAACAACAACAGCAGCAGCAGCAGCAACAGUUGAUGCAGCAGCAGCAGCAGCAACAGUUGAUGCAGCAGCAACAGUUGAUGCAACAGUUGAAGCAGCAGCAGCAGCAGCAGCAUGAAGCUCCAACUACGACAGAAGCAACUUCAUCCACUGCCUCUAAGCUUCCCCCACAAGAGCAGCAGCAGCAGCAACAGCAGCAGCAGUUGAUGCAGCAGCAGCAACAGCAGCAGCAACAACAACAGCAGCAGCAGCAGCAACAGUUGAUGCAGCAGCAGCAGCAGCAGCAACAGUUGAUGCAGCAGCAACAGUUGAUGCAACAGUUGAAGCAGCAGCAGCAGCAGCAGCAGCAGCAGCAGCAGCAAGAUACAGAAGCAACUGCAUCCACUGCCUCUAAGCUUCCCCCACAAGAUCAGCAGCAGCAGCAACAGUUGAUGCAGCAGCAGCAGCAACAGUUGAUGCAGCAGCAGCAGCAACAGUUGAUGCAGCAGCAGCAGCAACAGUUGAAGCAGCAGCAG